AUGAGCUUCUGCGAACAUUGCGUCAAGGGUGUUACUCACGAAGGAGAGCCUGCAGGCAAAUGGGAAGAAAUCAACGGCGUCAACUCCUACGUCGCCACGCCUUCGAAAGAUUAUCCCAAAGACAAAGUCAUCGUUCUCCUUACUGACAUUUUCGGCCCUCAGCUGAUCAACAACCGACUUCUCGCCGAUGAUUUUGCCGCUAAUGGCUUCAAGACCGUGAUUCCCGACCUUUUUAGUGGAGACCCGGCACCAGUUAGCGCUUUCAAUCCCGGUAGCACCUGGAGCCUGACAGAGUGGUUCAAGUCGCACGGACCGGAAAACACUCGUCCGUCAAUCGAUAAGAUCAUUGAGGGCUUGAAGAAAGAUGGUGUCACAUCUUUCGGUGUUAUAGGAUAUUGCUUCGGAGGCCGAUACACCUUUGACUUAGCCUUUGAUGAAAUCCCCAAAGCAGCGGCAGUUGCGCACCCUUCGUUACUGAAGAUUCCCGAAGAUCUUGAAACUUUUGCUGCUAAAGCUACUGCGCCACUGCUUAUCAACAGCUGCACUACUGACCCUCAAUUUCCUCUGGAAGCGCAAGCCAAGGCCGACGAGCUUUUGGGCAAUGGCAAAUACGCUCCUGGGUACAAGCGCGAAUUCUUUGAAGGGUGCACGCAUGGAUUUGCAGUCCGAGGUGACAUGAGCGACCCCAAAGUCAAAGCAGGCAAAGAGGGCUCGUUCAAGGCAACUGUGGAGUGGAUGAUAAAGUAUUUAUAA